UAGUCUUAAUGAAUUAUGACUUUCAGUUAACCGUUGUCGGGGUAAAUAUUCACUAUGUGUUGUACCAAAUAGUCGAAUACUAUAGUAAUAAUAACGAUAUGCUUGCAAAACCCAAUCGUCCACUUCAAACAUAACAUCAAUAUAAUUCUCAGAUAGAGCAAAAUGAUGAGAAAAUUUUAAACCCAUUACGUUAGCUGGAGCAGGCCCAGGGCAGCCGACCUUGCAUGUCCACCACCACCGCUACUAGCCAGUAUUCUACGAAUAAAUAGAACGACAAAUAUGGCCGGCGUUAAGGCCUUCAUCCUGUUCUAUCGCUUGUCUAAAUUAUCAUUCACCGAUAUUGAAAAAGCGGUCAGAGAGGAACACAAUAUUGCCUUUAUUUAAUAGCUUUCAUUAAACAAACUAGUCAACAUGUUGUUGUAAAGGUUACAGAUAUAUCAAAAAGGAAAAAAAUAUAUUUUGUUGAAUCAAAAAUGCCUUACACUUUAUUACUGCCAUUCAACUUUAUCAAAUUCCAUUGUGUGUAAUGUAUUAAGAAUAAUCGUAAAACAUGAACGAAAUGUCAUGUGAUGUGUUUUUUAAAUGUAAUUAUAAGAUUAAUAAUUCGGUAUGGCAUCAGACUUAUAAGUCUAGAAAACUCCAUGUUUGAUUCUCUAUAUAACGAUUCAUUUGCUCAGUUCUAAGUCAUACAGUUCAUUUAUAAUACAUUUUAUAUUAUAGUUCUUUUUCACACAUAGGGUAUUGUGUAUUGCAGCCAACAAAAUACACCUUGCCACUGGUAGUCUUGAUAGAAACAUCAAAAUAUGGUUAAUAAAUUCUGGCAAACUUGUACAUACCCUAAUUGGACACAUAAAGGGCGUUUGGUUAGUAACUACAGUUGUACUUGACACUCCCGUGACUGAUAAAACUGAUGAACUUUUAGAUAUGGAAUAUAAUAUCAGGACUUGUCAAGGAAGUUAUUUUGUGAGCGGUUCUCAAGAUCGAACAUGCAAAAUUUGGAAACUACCAAAUUGUGAUUUACAAGCUACUCUCACUGGUCAUUCGUCUAGUAUUUUUGGUGUGGAUAUCAAUGUAGAACAAACAAUUGUGGCAACCGGAUCGGCUGACAAGACAAUUCGACUUUGGCGGGUUAAUAAUGGAUUGUGCUUUAAAACGAUUUACACAAAUACGAAUGACUAUGUGAUGAGUGUCUCACUUCAGAAUGAUUAUUUGGCCUGUGCUUUUGGCGUACAUGUGAUGAUUUAUAAAUUGAAUUUUACAUCUAGUAAUUUGUGCACUGUUCAAAAAAUAAUGGAAACACAAGAACAUCGUAGUCGGUAUAAGACUUUACAGAAUAAGCCAUCAAGUUAUCGUUUAUUGUAUUUAAUCUAUUAUUAUUCUAGUGUCGAAAGUGUCCAAUUGAGUGUUCAAAAUGGUGAUGAUACACGAGAAAUGUGCUUAAUUUCUGCUGGAAAAGAUGGUUUAAUCAAAUACUGGAAUUUGAAAACGAAUCAAAGCUUACAUACAUUCAGUGUUCAUAAUGAUACCACCAUAAAUUGUGUUUAUUUUGAUCAUGCUAGAAUAAUCACAGCCGGCGAUGAUUGUGCCGUUAGAAUAUUAAACUUUAUGCCUUCAUCGUUAUCAUCAUUGGCAUUUAAUUCAAAUAAUGUUUUUCGAUAUUUUUCGAUGUAA